ACCAGCGUUCGAUGACAGGAAAAACGUUUGUUUCAGUGUUUAUUCUAACCAAGCCGGCUGUAGAUAAAGUAGUGUUUAGUCGGCGUUCGUAAAAGAAAAUGGGACGUCGUAAGAGUAAGCGAAAGCCGCCGAGUAAAAGGAAAGCAAUCCAGCCGUUGGAUACUCAGUUUAACUGUCCAUUUUGUAAUCAUGAAAAAUCAUGUGAGGUUAAAAUGGAUAAAUCAAGGAAUACAGCUCGAAUAACAUGUAGAGUAUGUCUAGAGGACUUUCAAACCACCAUAAAUUUGUUGUCCGAACCUUUGGAUGUGUACAAUGAUUGGAUCGAUGCAUGUGAAAAUGCUAAUUAACAAGCUCUACCAUGGGCAAUAUUGUAUUUAUCAUGGGAGACGACGUUACGUCAAACAGAUUUAUAACAGUUUAUUAAUAAGAAUGAUUUAUUACUAAAGCUGCAACCCUGUAUAGUAAACUAUUUUGUGAUUUUAAGACUAGAAUUUAUCAAAGUUAGAUUCUCUCUUAUACAUUACAUUUCAUUUAUAUUGUUUUGUAUCGAUAAAUUAUAGGACAAAUAGGUUUAUGAACCAGACUAUGUAAGGUACGAAUUCUGAAUCUUAUAUUUUAUAAUCCUUAAAGGAUGAGAGAAACAAAAUAAUACCUUAUAUUAUUUACUACAUACAAAGUAUGAUUUAUACACAUAUAUAAUAGUGAUACGUGAAACAAUUGUACAAUAGUAUAAUACAAUAAAUGAUAGGGGUUAAAGUUUUGGAAGCUUUGCCCAAAGGUUUUUAAACGAAUUAAUAUCUUACAUUUCUCAUAUAAUGAAGUCACCUAGGAUUGAUGAUAACAUGGACUGUUUAAGAAAUCGUUCCACCCAACGAAGCAAACAAAUUUAACGUUAAAAGAAAGCAAGUUAGACAAUUUUUUCGAGCAGAAUUAGAAUUGAUCAGAUUUUGAGGGACGUCAUUCUUCCUAACAGCGGUAUUUCGGUGACUCUCAGUCUCGCUCUCGAAUAUUGCCGAACAUCGGGUGGUUAUCGGGCAAGUUACAACAAAAGUUUGUCUCAUUGGGUAACACUUGUCACGGGGGAAGGGGGCAGGUGGGAGACCAUCGAACUUCAUUUUACUAAUGUAUCCUUUUUCCUCCAAUUAUCGGUGCGAGCGAGAGCGAGAGACCAGUCUCUCAAGGACUGGAGUGGGGAGGCCGAAGAGGUGGGGGUCUCCGGUGGAAUAAUCUUGAGCUGUGAUUGGCUGGUGGAAGCAUGAUGGCGGAAGUACGUUGCACCGUGGACAAGAUGGCGCCCGGCCGAGCGGUGUACAUUCGGUGGGAAAAGUUCGUGAAAAAAUGCCGCGGCAAGCAAGGAGCGACGCGUGCGAACGGGUUUAGAAAUUCGGGUGUCUCGUGAGUUUAGCCACGUCGUUGCGCGUCGGGGGUAAACAAAACUCUGAUGGGGUUAUCGAGGCUGCUUUGGUAGCCCGGCUCCUUAGGUUCACUUUCCCGGCGAGAGGAUUCCGCGGCCGUCGCGGCGAACAACGACGCUAUGGCGUCCAUCGAGUGUGUGUGUCAUUAUUUUUUAUUUCCAAUUAACGACUAAUUAAGGUGCCGCUAAACGCGAAGUAGCCUGCGGAAACCGUCGGCCCGAUUUACGGAGGGUGUCGGUCGCGAGGAGUGUCGACCGCCGAUGCGUUUCAGCGUCGCCGAGGGCUCUGGAAAAACAAACGGCCACCUCAGCCUUUGCCCUUCCCGUUUGACAGCUCACACCCUGGUUGCACUGAAAGACGAUGCGAGGAGCACCACGACCGAGACCCGUGGAUGUUCCACGAGAGAACAAACCCUCCGGGCUCGAUCCUAAGCCUAACCCCAAAACAUAACUCCAGACUACGCUCUCUUCGGGGACAUACUUACCCUGACUCGGAGUUUGGAUCUUUCUAGCCCAAGAAACUUUCUUGUUAUCGUUACGCUAGAUACUUUAGUGGAAAUCUUAUUCAAGCUCAAGUUGCUGCCGUGGCUCUGUUCUACGAACAGGUGAUACCACAGAUCCUUUAUAGG